UCUUGGUGGGAACGGCUGACCGGGAACCCUGCUGGAAGUCGUCAUUCAGUCAUAGUUGUGUGUGGCUGUGUGGUCAUUUGUGUCGGAAGGAGGUGGAUUUGUGGCUCCUGCAGAGUGAUUUCGUUUUUUGUGGUUUUCAUCGUAUGACAUUGUGCAUUGUUGAAAGUUUCCUGUGGGUUCAACGCGACAGUAACGCAAACACUUGUCUCCAGGGUCUCGGGAGGAGCCCCGUCUAUUGGCGCACGUCAUGAGCGGUCAGCGACCCUCUUCGUCCGGAGGUGGAGGAGACGGCUUCCCUAGGGACAUGAACAUCAUGUGCUCUAGAUGCAGCCAAUGGUUUGUAGCAACGGAUGUGGCUAUUGCAACACGUUGUGAGCACGUGUUCCACUGGAAUUGCAUUAGGCUGUGCUUGGAGAGGUCGAACUCAUGUCCACAUUGUCGUGCAAAAUUGAUCGUCAAAGAUUUAUGCAGAAUUUAUUUUACAAUAGGCCUACACAAUGAUCCAGAAGUAGCCUAUACUCUUCAAGAUAAUAUCGAUAGAUUGGAAUACAAGAUGAUGUUGAAGAAUGCUGAGUUAGACAAAUGUAGAAAAGAAAUAGCCACAUUCAACAAGAAGACAACCAGACUGGUGAAUGAAAUUCAACGAUUGAAAAAUGUCAUGAAAUUUGAAGCAACAAAACACAAAACUUUAAAGAGACUCAUUAAAGAUCUGAAGAGUAAAACUCAUUUACUACAACCACUAAGGAAGGAAUGUGAGGGCUUACAGGAAAAAAUCCAAUUCUUGCAAAAAUCUCUUGAGGGAUUCAAUAUAGAGACUGUCACAAAAGGGCUUUGUGAUUACAAAAACCCCAGUGCAGCUAUAAAAGCUUUAAGAGCCUUUACAUCUAUUUUAAAAAAAGGAAUGAAAACCAUAGCUAUCGAGAGUAAGGAACCUAGUAUUAAACUCCGUGAAGAACAAUCUAAAAUUUACUCUUUGACUGGGCAGAUUCGAAGUCUGGAGAACAAAAUUAAAGACCAGGAUGAACAAAAUCACCAUUUGCUUAUGAAAAUAAAGCGUGCAGCUGGGGAGACAUCAAGUUUAAAGCAGGAACUUGAUGGUUUGCAACAGGCAUUGCUAUCACCUACUGACAAUCAGCCCAGUGCUGUUGCCCUCAAGCGUGUUCGGGCAGAAAGUACACCUCCUCAUUAUCUGAAGCGAGCUUAUCUUGAAGGCACUUUAGAAGAAAAUCGCUAAGUCACCUGACCCCACACCACCCCUUGUGGUUAAAAAACAAGUCUGCAAGGGUUGGCAGUGGCACUUGCCAACAAAACAGAAAUACCCUAAAUCAAGAAUGAAUACAUCUGCUGUUUUAAGUGAAAUAUUUCAAGAGUUGUAGUGUUAGCUCCCAGACAGAGAUGAUCAGAGCAGUUGACACCAUCACAUUGCUUGUGAUGUAACCAGAUGUAUGUCACCUUAUUUCUAAAGUGGAGAGUUGGCAAAGUUGUUGAGGUGAGGGUGCAGUGUUCAAAAGAAAUACUACUUUUACAUUGGUAUCUAUUUAUGUAAUUUCAAAUUACUUUUAAUACAUAGCAUGUCAGAAUAUUAAAAACGAUUCCCAAUGUUUAAAUGUACAUAUUAGAAAUAUGUUGAAAGUAGAAAAUUCAUGCUCUCUCCUGCAAAUAAAAUUGUACUUUGUAAGAGAUAUCAUUGGCCAUCUUGUAAAAGGUAACUUCUUAAUUAUCUUCCAUGAUGCCAGUUGUUUGGGUUUUGAGUAGCCCAUCAAUAAAUGUUUUUCUGUUUAUUUAUUCUAUUAUGCUUGAUUUUCCAAUAUUUGUUUCAUUACUUUCACACACAAUUGAAAGCCAAUCUCCAAGUACAUUCAAGAGGACAUUCUCAACUGUGAAUGAGAACUAAAUAUAAAUGCAAUAAUAUCAUUUUUUGCCCCAGGAAUAAAUGUUUAAUUGUAUUUGACAUACGGUGCUGAAGCUUUUGAUGCAUUGUCAUUCUAAAAAGCAUUGUGAGUUGGCGAGUGAUGAAUUUAUUAUCUAUAUACAUUCACAUUUUCAUUAACCUGUUUUUGCCCAGGUAUUUUUGUAACAGAAUUUUUGAAACAAAUAAAUAAAAUAGUUUCAGAACAAA